AGUCAUCAGUGGACAUACGAAGAAAAGAUUGCCACGUCAUGCUGGUAUUCUCUCGUAUCAGGUGGAUUGGACCAGCGAGAAGCCAUCGUCUCAGAGAAAGUAUGAUUCCCUUGAAAAAUAUCCAAAAGAAAGGCAAGGCUGUUAAACAUGAAAAGCCUGAAAAGCGAUUGAAGAAUAGGAGCAAGCUUCCUCAUAAGAGGACAAGCACUGUGGCCCUCACAGAGACGCUUAACAAACGGGUCGAUGUGAACAGGAUACGGAACAGAAAGUCGUCCUGCCCGGAGAUUCUUCUGUACAAUACAGGUCUCAAGGGCAAAGAACUUCCCGAGCUUUUCAAGUUGAUAAAGAUUGGGGAAGCGGACUUACAGUCGCUAGCCACGAAAGGGAUCUUUCCACUCCACGAUGCUGUGUCCAAAGGGCUUACGGACUGUGCUAAGGUGCUUAUCGAAAAAGCUACGACUCUAAACGUGCGGAAUGCAGAGGGAUACUCGCCCCUGGAUAUAGCCGUGGAAACGGGAAAUUUUGAGUGCGCAGAGUUAUUGAUAAGGCAUGGAGCUUCAGCUGAAGACAUCAGGAAUGGUUUUAAAUUGAGGUCAAGGAUCGUACGAAAGAUCUCCAGUCCAAAAUAGGCGCGUACCUUGUAAGAUUGUAUGUGUUAGUCAGGAAUUAGAUUUUAUGCAAGUACAUGUAUACUGUCGAGUUCAGGAAAAUUAAAAUUCCGGCCUCUGACUCCCUCUGUUAUGUAGCCGAGAAGGAAUUUUAUGACGGUGUAGCUUUCUUAAUGAGCAAUGAUACGAAAAUUGACUCUGUUAACUCUCUUGUAAACGUAAUGUUUUUGCCUAAUGAGACAUCAUCUAUAAAUGGAUUCUGCAGCUAACCAAAUGACUAUGGCUAUAAACAUUCAUUUUGCAAGCGAGAACCUGCCCACUUAGACAAGCAUCGUUAUUUAAUCUUUAAAGCCUUCGUGAUAUUGAGCGAUUAAAGUAAGUCAAAGCUCUUCAGGUCACAAAACCGCGCUCCUCAUUAAAUCACGGUGUAUUGCAUAUUCUGCCAAACUUGGAAUUCAGGCAGAUUUGGAGAUGUAGGUGGUUCUCAAUAUGAAAUUUAACUGUUAAUUAGAAAGAACACUACUUCAAUGAACUUACUUUAAAAUCUCAAGUGCCUGGUGGUCUUCCUUGAUUGGGAAACAUAGUUUACAUUCAAUCGUUGAAAAAAAAAAAAGGAAUUAGAUGACUAAUCCUAUUUUGCAACUCAGACACUUACCUAAACAGAUCAUAAUCUCAGACUUCUAAUGUGUGUAAUAUUUGUCCUAAUAAUUUUCCGUAAAAAGCGAGAGAAAUCUCAAAAACGAGCGAAUAAUUCACAUUUCUAGCUAUUACGAUAUUUUGAAGGAAACAUCUUCUCUGAUUAAAUGAUAACGGCGGAACCGA